AUGGGAGAACUAACAGCAAAUUUCAGCGCCGCCGUGUUUGUAUUUUGCUUUUAUUUAGCCAUUGUUUCAGCUCAGAAACUCGACACUUUCAGUCGAGAAUAUGGGCCUUUCAAUGAAACACACUACGCUAUUUUUGAGGUUGAAACCCCCGCUACUAUAAGCAAUAAAGCACUUCAGGUGACUCCAGAUUCAGCUUCGGCGGGCUUCAAUAUGACCUAUAAUUCAGGCAGAAUCCUCUACAAACAGCCCUUCAAGCUCUGGGAAGGUGAUAUUUCAUCAUCCAGAGAAAACCCGGUUGCAUCUUUCAACACUUCCUUUCUUAUCAAUGUUUACAGGCCCAAAAAUGAAACUCCCGGCGAAGGUUUGGCUUUCUUGAUUGCCGCCGAUUUGAACUUGCCGCCCAACAGUUACGGUGAGUUUCUGGGCCUCACGAAUGCCACCACCGACGGGAACGACAGCAAUCACCUGGUUGCGGUGGAGUUUGACACCUUCAAACAGGAUUUUGACCCUGAUGACAAUCAUGUAGGUAUCGACAUCAAUGGCGUCAGAUCUUUAAGAACUGAAUCUUUGACACCCUUCAAUAUCACAAUAGCUCCAAAGGGUCCUAAGUUUUACAACGUGUGGGUGGAUUAUGACGGUGUUGAGAAGUUCCUUGCAGUGUACAUAGCAGAACAGGCUGAGCAAACUGGCCCUACUCCUCCCAAGCCUAGCUCGAGUAUUAUUAGUGCAAAUCUGAAUCUGCGAGAUCAUCUAAAUCAGUAUUCAUAUUUCGGGUUCUCUGCAUCUACAGGGAAUUUUACACAAUUGAACUGUGUUUUGAGGUGGAAUUUGACUAUCCACUACUUUCCAGAUCAAAAUCACACAUGGUUGAAGAUAACUUUAGGAGUUGGAGUGCCUAUUUUGGUGCUCCUGAUAAUGGGAGCAGUGGGAUUUGGAUACUAUUUCCGCAAGCGGCGAAUGGCACAUUGUAAUUCAAACUUGGCAGGGGCUCUAAAGAGUCUUCCCGGUACACCUCGAGAGUUCAAAUUCAUGGACCUGAAAAGGGCUACAAACAGUUUUGACGAGAAGAACAAGCUUGGACAAGGAGGAUAUGGAGUUGUAUACAAAGGGUUUCUAGCUAAGGAGAAUCUGGAGAUUGCAGUCAAGUGGUUUUCCAGGGAGAGUAUCAAAGGACAAGAUGAUUUCUUGGCUGAACUUACCAUCAUUAAUCGCCUUCGGCAUAAACAUCUUGUUAAACUUCUGGGAUGGUGCCACAAGAACAGGAAGCUUCUUCUUGUGUAUGAAUACAUGCCGAACGGAAGCCUGGACAAACACCUGUUUUCAGAGCCCAACAUAGAGCCACUUGGAUGGAGUCUUCGAUAUAAAAUAGUUUCUGGGGUAGCCUCAGCCUUGCAUUAUCUCCAUAACGAGUAUGAGCAGAGGGUAGUACACAGAGAUCUUAAAGCUAGCAACAUCAUGCUUGACUCCAACUUCGAUUCCCGUCUAGGAGACUUUGGCCUUGCACGGGCGCUCGACAAUGGGAAGACCUCAUAUGCCGAGGCUGAGGGAGUGCUAGGCACAAUGGGAUACAUUGCACCUGAGUGUUUCCACACUGGAACAGCCACGCAACAGUCUGAUGUCUUUGCAUUCGGGGCAGUCUUGUUGGAAUUGGUAUGUGGUCUACGUCCCGGAACCAGAAUUGCUGGCUUCCAAUUGUUGGUGGAUUGGGUUUGGUUCUUGCAUCGUGAUGGGCGCUUACUUGACGCUGUAGAUCAGAGAUUGUAUGACGAAUUCGUUGCAGAAGAAGCCGAGAGGCUUCUGCUGCUGGGGUUGGCCUGUUCACAUCCUACUGCUAGUGAAAGGCCUAAAACACAGGCUAUAAUUCAAAUUAUCUCGGGAACAGUGCCAGUGCCGAAUGUUCCACCUUUCAAGCCAGCUUUCGUGUGGCCGGCUGCCGGACACACAGAUUUAGAUUCGAGUUCAGUCAAGACGACGUCAAUUACAACUUCAACUUCACAUUCCAGCUCGGGUUGGAGUCCACAGGAUCUUAGCAGGGAGAACUAUACUGGAAACACAGACUCCUUGGUGUAA